AUGAAAAUAUUGGCUUCCAUUGCUGAGGCACUUGCCUCCGGCCUGUCCAUUAGUUACGUCACACUUCAAACACCGUUUUUGAAUCUCAAGAAUGUAAAUGACUUUGGAAUUGUAGGAGGCACAAGUCUCACUAUAAAACAUCAUUCGACCAUAGACAAUCAAGAAAUAGAGCUAGGAUACGGAAUUUCCACAAGUAUACUGCCAAGCAGGAUGGGUGCGGUUGAAGAUUUCCUUGCAGUAUACUCUUGGGUGCACCAAGUUUGCGGAGACAGUCCUGUGUUUGUGUGGGGUCACUCAUUAGGUAAAUAUGAUUUAUUUAUGUGCGAGUUGGAUUUGGAUUAA